AUUAUAAAGAAGAACAAGAACAAGAACUAGAAGUGUUGAAAUCAAUUUAUCCGGAUGAAUUGGAAGAAUUAGGCGAAGGGGAAUUCCGUAUAACGCUAAAUCCUGAAGAACAGGACAGUUCAGCACCGCUUGCUGUGGCAUUACGCAUAAAAUAUACGCCCACAUAUCCGGAAGAAAUUCCUGAAAUGUCAUUAGAAGUUUUGGAGGGUUCGUUAGAAGAGAAUGAACAUGAUAAAUUUUACACAGAUUUAAUUAAUAUGGCUCGGGAUUCGAUAGGAAUGGCAAUGGUAUUCACAUUAACGUCAUUCCUCAAAGAUUCCUUAACAACUUUUGUGAUAGAACGGCAGGAACAAAGAAAAAAGGUUGAAGAAGAUCGAAUUAGAAAAGAAAUUGAG